AUGGGACUGCAGCCUUUGGAGUUCAGCGAUUGCUACCUGGACAGCCCUUGGUUCCGGGAAAGGAUACGAGCUCACGAAGCGGAGCUGGAGAAAACCAACAAAUUCAUCAAAGAGCUGCUCAAGGAUGGCAAGACGCUGAUCGCCGCCACCAAGAAUCUUUCAGCUGCCCAAAGAAAGUUUGCUCGUUCACUGAGAGAUUUCAGGUUUGAAUGUAUUGGUGAUGCUGAAACAGAUGAUGAAAGAUGCAUAGAUGCAUCCCUUCAUGAAUUCUCUAACUUUCUGAAAAAUUUAGAAGAACAAAGAGAAAUAAUGGCCCUAAGUGUAACUGAAACUCUUAUCAAGCCUCUGGAAAAAUUCAGAAAAGAACAACUUGGAGCAGUAAAGGAAGAAAAAAAGAGGUUCGAUAAAGAAACAGAAAAGAACUAUAGUUCACUGGAGAAACAUUUAAACAUGUCAGCUAAGAAGAAAGAAGCACAAAUAUUGGAGGCAGACAACCAAAUAGAGCAAAACAGAAAACAUUUCUAUGAGUUGUUACUUGUAUAUGUGUGUAAACUGCAAGAGAUACAAGAAAGAAAAAAAUUUGAGUUUGUAGAACCUGUCCUGUCGUUUUUUCAGGGCAUGUUCACAUUCUACCAUCAAGGUUAUGAACUUGCCAAAGAUUUUAACCAUUACAAAAUGGAUCUACAGAUCAAUAUCCAGAAUACAAGGAAUCGUUUUGAGGGAACAAGAUCAGAAGUGGAAGACCUCAUGAACAAAAUCAAGCAAAAUCCCAAAAAACACAAAAGAGCAAAUCAAUUUGCAAUGGAAGGUUAUCUUUAUGUGCAGGAAAAAAGACCUGCACCAUUUGGUUCCAGUUGGAUAAAACAUUAUUGCAUGUAUAAGAAGGAAUCAAAGAAGUUUACUAUGUUACCUUUUGAACACAGAUCAGGAGGAAAAAGUGGUGAAUUGGAAGUCUAUCUACUUCAGAACUGUACUAAAAGGAAUACUGAUUCUAUAGAUAGGAGAUUUUGUUUUGAUAUGGAAGUACUAGAGAGACCUGGUAUGCCUUUCACCCUGCAAGCAUUCUCAGAAGAGGACAGGAACAUGUGGUUUGAAGCCUUAGAUGGGAAGGAAACUGUGUUUCUCAAUUUGAACAAGACUAAUACACAAAAAGAGGGAAGUACGCAGCUAGAUAAGAUUGGAUUCACAAUUCUCAGAAAAUGCAUUAGUGCUAUUGAAAAAAGAGGUAUAAAUGAUCAAGGACUGUAUAGAGUUGUAGGGGUGAGUUCAAAAGUCCAGAGACUUCUGAAUUUGUUGAUGGAUGCAAAAACAUGUGAUGAAGUUGAUUUGGAAGGUAAUACAGAAUGGGAAGUGAAGACAAUAACAAGUACAGUGAAACAAUACUUAAGAAGCCUGCCAGAGCCCUUAAUGACGUAUGAAUUACAUGGAGAGUUCAUCACUCUUGCUAAAAGUGGUAGCCCUGAGUCCCGUAUUAAAGUUAUCCACUCCUUGGUUCAUAAACUUCCAGAAAAGAACAAAGAAAUGCUUGAUAUUGUUGUGAAGCACUUAGCAAAUGUUUCCGAUCAUGCUAAGAAAAAUCUUAUGACUGUGGCAAAUUUAGGAGUUGUAUUUGGACCAACGUUAAUGAGGCCACAGGAAGAAACAGUGGCUGGUCUUAUGGAUCUGAAAUUUCAGAACAUUGUGGUGGAGAUCCUAAUUGAAAACCAUGAAAAGAUUUUCCAUAUGCUGCCUGAUGCUUAUUUCCCUGAGCCUACGCCUGCGCCAAUCUCUCCUCCAAAUGCCCCACCACGACAAUCAAGACGACAGGGGCAACGUAAUAAGAGGCCUCUUGCUGUAUAUAAUCUCUGCCUAGAACUGGAUGACAGUGACAAUCUUAUCCCUGCCAAAGAAUACACACGCUCAGGUAGCAUGGAUUCCCUAUCUUCUCAGUCUCCCACAACCGCUGCUCCUACCAGCCCUCAAGACACAGAGAAAAAUAAUCUCAUAACUGACAGUGGCAAUCCAUCCAGUGAGGUUCAUUCAUCAAUGGUUUCCUGGAUAAAUCUAAAGUCAACUACAGCACAAAGUCCAGUCACAACAAACCUAUCAUUUUUAUUUCCAUCCUCUGCCACAGAAACUGAUAGACCAGUUGGAAGAAAAGCCAUGGCAGUGUAUCCAUGUGAAGCAGAGCAUAGUUCUGAGCUGUCUUUUCAAACUGGUGCAGUUUUUGAAGAUGUGCAUCUUUCACGAGAACCUGGCUGGCUAGAAGGAACUCUAAAUGGGAAGAGAGGACUCAUUCCACAAAACUAUGUCCAGUUUCUUUAGUUUUCUUCUGAAUGCUUGGAAAGUGUACAUGGUAUCCAUGGCUACAGACAGAUAGAUAUUGUAUAUUGCUUUUCUUGGCUUCAGAAACUUUUAAUCAGUAAAAAUUUGAGAUUAAUAUCUUAAUCUGUAUAAAGAUGUAACAGUGCACAUGCAUGUAAUUUUAUAUGGAGUAGAGGAGAGAGAAAGACAGAAAAGGAAAUUUAAUUUUAUAAAUAAUACUUUGUAAAGAUUUAGAGUUAUAUGUAUGUUUGCAUGUUUGUAAGAACUUGAAUCAAAAAGCCAUUUAAAUUGUUAUCCAAAUACCAGUUUAAAAAGUUCACAAAACUGUUUAAUCUGCUUUUGUAUUUUAAAUUUGAUAAGUAUAAAACUUUGGAAAGUGGACUCGAAUAAUUUCUUUGAAAUACUGCAAACCAAAACCGUUGUAAAAGAUUCAUAUGGCCAAUUCAUUGUGAAGGUUGUAGAUAAUCUAAAAAAGGCAUAGUUCUUGAAGCUGAGCACAAGUCCAGAUGACUUCAGGAAUGCAGCCCUGUAACUUACUUAGCAACAGUAUGGAAGUGGAUUGCUUUGCCUUCAGGAUUUCUUUUUUUAUUUCUGCUGUAAUCUCCAGUCCAAUCUCUGAAGGACUCCAUCUGAGUACUCAUCAGGCUGAUCCAAUGUAUUAAUUGUGAAUGCCUCAGUUUAAAAAUGAAUACAUCAGCUGGAAAAAAAAGGAUGCAUUUAGAAUCUGCAGACAGGAUGAAUCAAAUGUAAUUUUCAAAUGUCCAAAGUAUGAAAAUAAAUCUAUAUAAAUUAUGUAGUUUCACUUAAAUGUGUAUAUACUGUUAAAUGCAAAAGCUUAGGCAACACUGCACGUUUUGGUUAACUAGGUGGACAAAAGUUGCUAUAACUUUUACAGUAUACAACGUUAAGCAAGCAUUUUACUGAAAAUUUAAACGCAGGCUUACUAUAUAUGCAUCUGUUUACAAAUUCAAAGACAAUGAAAACUGAUUAUGGUAGAGGCAGAAUUUUGAAUGUUCUUUUAGUUAACAUUUUGUAACACCUAGUUCAACAGGAAAAACAAUUUUCAGGUGUAAACAACUUUAAACUUUUCUCUUUGUGCUUCUGAAACUUAUACUACUCUUCCUUGUAGAAUUAUUGUAACUCAGAAAUUUUCUUAGGAUUGCUUACAUGCAUUGCAUAUUUUAGAACACCCUAUAGAUUUCCAAAUGUAAUGAAGUCUGGAGAAUGUGAAGCUGCUUGAAGAACCUUUCAUAAUAAUUUACAGUCAAUUUGAGGAUAUAUGUCAGAUUACUACCUUAUUGAAAUAUCCAUCCUCAAUGUAGCUUCAAUUUCUUUUAUGACUGGAUAUUAUCUUCUACAUUAAGUUGAUGGGUAAUUGAAAGUUCUAUUCUGCAAUAUUCACUGUUUUAUUAUUCUGUAUAAUCAGCUACACACAAAUACUAAGAGUGCAUUCAAAUUUACAGAUGUAUAUCAUGUAUAACUUUGUACCAUGCAGAGAUUGGGUCAACUUCUCUUCACUUCAUUAAAAUAUAACUUAACCAGGUUGCCAAUUUUUUUUAAUGAUCCCCUGAGAACUGUUGAUUAAAAUGAAAUAUAAACUGUAACUUAUUGAUUUGAAGACUUUUUCUUUACUGUCUUCAGAAACAGUUUGUACAAGUUUUCAAUCGGUUGGUGAAAUUCAGAACUUUUUUUUCAUGUUCAACCAAGAAGUUUUUAAGUCCUAUGGAUAAUGUAAAGAAACUGAAUGGAUGGCGACUACUUAAUUCUUUUUCAUGUAGC